UUCUUAGUUUGCUUAAUAAGUUUACAACAUUUAGGGUUUUUACUGGCUAGAGGCCCACCUGGAAAAGGGCCGCUACUGGAUCAUCCCCUUCACCACAGGCUGUUGGACAAACCCUGCAAUACACUCCCACGAUGAAUCCAUUUCUCUAGUGCAUAGUAAUGAAGAUCAGAGCAUAACCUUGAGCACUACUGCUAUAGAAGCCUUAAAAAAGGUGUUUGAAAACAUUGAUCUGGACCAAGAUGGACUUGUUAGUAGAAAUGAGUUUACUCUGUUCAGCUUAAGAACCAGUGGAGAAAUACCUACAGAUGAAGAGUGGUCAAUUGUUGAAAGUAACUUUGAAACAAAGUCAGCAAAGCUGACAAUAGGUAGUUUCCUGGCUCUACAUGAAAUGGAAGUUCAGGAGAGUGGAGAUAUUGGAAGUCUAAAUCAGACUCUAAAACUGAUGGGAUAUAACAGAGAUUUACAGUUAGACCAGGCUGCUCCUUUCUCAUUAUCUGUGUAUACUGUUCGCAGUAUUGUUUCUUUAACACCACGUCCUGUUGUAGUUGACUCAGAACUGAUUAACAAAGCCAUUUGCCGUCUUGCAGUUGAGAAAGGGAUGGCAAUAAAAGUGAAAAAUCUGAAUGACCUGUCCUUACAUCAACACCAGUUAAACCAUCGAGUUACUAUUGUUGUUCAAAAUAAAUCACACAGUACAGUAAAGGUCAGACUAGAUUGUUCAAAGAGUGAGAACUGUACAAGUCACCAACAUAGUUUGGACUGUGAAGUGGAGGUACCUCCCAAGAACUCUGUGGUGGGACACCACUUACUUCAAUUAAUACCAUCUAUACCCUGGAAAGUUGACUGUGUGCCAUCUCUCAUUCUUCUUUGACAGAAAUGCAUGAUCUAUUUGUAGUUGAAGUGGCUUUGAGCUAUCAUGAAGGUGUUCUGGUGCUAUUCCAUGCAUUUUAUUUAUGGAAUAAAUAAAGCUCAUACAAGUCUUAGAAAAUAUAA